AUGAACGCCUCUGAACAGCAUACACGCGAUGGCCAUCCCCGCCGGUUGUCUGAUACUUACGUUAUACGAAAGUUCGCGAGCGCAGAUGAUGAUGAUUACGAUGACACAUGCUACAUAUGCUUUGAAGGUUGGAAAGCUGGUGAUGAAAUGAAAGUGAAAGAGCAGUUGGAUAAGAACAUCAAUUGUUCAGCACAAAACUUUCUAGGUAGGACUGCGUUGCAUUCGGCAGCUCUACGCAAUCACAAGGCUGUGGCGGAGAUAUUAUUGGACUGUGGAGCGGACGCAUCCAUCGUCGACUACAAAAAGCAAGCUCCAUUGCAUAUAGCCUCUAGCAGCUUCUCUCUCGGGAUUGCUAUUCUUCUGGUGGAAAGAGGGGCCGAUAUAAGUGCUCGAGAUGGCGGAGGAAUGACGCCACUUCAUCUCGCAUAUCAAUGUGGCACGCUGGACACGAUCCGAUAUCUACUUGAGAAGGGAGCCGAUCCAAAUGCCAAAGAUGUUUAUGGCUUUACUCCGGAGAUGCUUCGUCCUGAUGUUGUUGAAUACUUGACCAAUGCGCCAAUCAUUCAAGCAUUUGAAAGGGCUAUUGAUGAUAUUAAAGCUACAGAAGCAUAG